AUGAAUGCUUGCAGAUCUUUUAUUCAAAAGUUAAGGACAUUGCCAAUUACUAAUUACGCUCGUGGAUUAGUUGUAUGUUUUUCAGUUUCCAGCUUAAUUUUCUAUGGAAAUGAGUGUUAUGUAAAGUUGAAAGUCAUACCAGAAGUUCUAGUAAAUGAAAAACUAGUCAAUAGCUGGACAAUUCCAUUUCCUGCAGUUACAAUAUGUGCACCAUUGUUGGCAAGAAGUGAAAAGUUGAACUUAACAAAGUGUCAAGAAAAAUUGGAACGUCUUGAAAGUCUGGAUGAAAGUGAUGUGAUUAAAUUGAUGGCAUAUGCACACAUAUGUCCAAUAAAAAGUGUAGUUUCAAUACUGGCAAACGAAAGUCCUGAAUCGGAUGUAGAUCAAAGUGAUGUUUUGGAUGAAAUGUCAUUGAAAAUUGAUGACUUAAUUAUCUGUCCAGUCAGCAAUGUGAUUUCAUGCGAGAACAUUUACAUUCGGUCAUUAACUGAUUAUGGUUAUUGCUUUACUUUCAAUAUGGUUGGAUACCAAGAAGUAUUUAAUGAAGGAAUCAGCAAAAGUUUCGAUGGCUACAAGCGCACCAAAAUCCUUAAAUCAUUUGAUGAUCCUAACAAUUUAAGUUUUCAUGAUGAUGUGAACAUCUCAACUGAUUCAAGUUGGACACUUGAGCAAGGAUAUCCAUUAAAUGUUAAUUUUCCAGAUCCUUUGCCAGCAACAAGAGGACAAUCUUUAAAGACUCAAUUGAAAAUUCACAAAAAUGACACCGCAAACUUUUGUCAAGCUAGAAGCAACAUGAUAAUUUUGUGCCUACAUCUCCCAAAUGAAAUACCAACUGCAAUCCAUUUAAAUCAUUUUUAUGAAUUGGACAAGAUUAAUGCGCUUAAAAUUUCAGCAGAAAUAAAGCAAAAUGAUGAAACCUUAAAACGUUUUGAUCUUAAGGAACGUGGAUGCUACUUUAAUGGAGAAAUGAGCUUGAAGUUCUUCAAAUCCUACACAAAAAUCAACUGCGAAUAUGAAUGCUUGAUUAAUUUCACAUACGAGCAAUGUGGCUGCGUUAAACUGUCAAUGCCAAGAUCAGAAGACAUGCGAGUAUGCAAAGUAAAUGAUAUCUUAUGUUUUUCACAAGUUGACUAUUCCUGGCCGAGCAAUUUCUUUAAAAAUCCUAAACGACACACAAAUAUACAAGACUUUCCAUGCGGCUGCAUGCCAUCGUGCACACAAAUUAAUUAUAAAAUUGUUGGUGGAGUUUCUGUUAAAACUGGACAAACUAGCAAACCUCCAAAUGAUGAAGAUUUAAGCAAACUCCUUGCACUAUCUCAUGUCUGCAUCGACAACUUUAAUGAUUUAUCAUCAGUGUCUGGAAAUAAAACACGGGAUAUAGAUGUUUCAGCUAUUCUUAAUCAAAUUUCACCUAAAUUUGAUGAUGUUUUCAGCGAUUGUUCAAUUGAUGACCCACAAAAGUGUGAGCAUGUGUUUACUCAAUCACUUACUGACUAUGGCUACUGCUACAGCUUUAACAUGCAAGGAUAUCACUCGAUAUUUAAUGAUGGCAUCAGUAAGGAUUUUGAUUCCUAUAAACAAAAAAGCAUUUUAAAGUCCUUCAAUCCAAAAGCUGAAAUAGUGUUUCAUGAUGACGAAAAUGAUCCAGAACCUUCAUAUUGGUCACUUGAAAGGGGAUAUAAUGCUGAUGAUUGCUUUGUAAAACCAGUAAGAGCUAAAAGAGGCCGAGCAAUUACUGCAGAAUUAAAGAUGAAAUUGUCUGAUAUUCAUAAUCUUUGCACAAGUAGAGGUUCCAUGUUCAUUGUAUUUGUGCAUCUACCUAAUGAACUGCCAACAAUCAUGCAUUCUGAGAAGCUGUUCAAGCUAACAACAGCAAACUUACUCAAAAUUACUGCAAAAGUUAAGCAAAAUGAUGUGACAUUAAAGAACUUCCGGCUAGAGAAACGUGGAUGCUACUUUGAAGGAGAACAGAGCCUUAAAUUCUUCAGAUCGUACACAAAGAUCAACUGUGAGUACGAAUGUCUGAUCAAUUUUACAUACAUGCAAUGUAACUGUGUCAAAGUGUCAAUGCCGAGAACUGACAGCAUGAAAGUAUGCAACUAUGAAGACAUAGAUUGUUACCAGACAAUUGCAAAAUCUUGGCCCAAUGUCUACUUUACACAUUAUAAGCAUCAAGAAGAUUUUUCUGAUUUUCCAUGCCAUUGCAUGCCACUUUGCACGCAGAUUAAGUAUGUCAUUACUGAUAAAACUUCUGUUCAGGAGAGGAAUCUUAAUGAUGGAUAUGUCUACUCAACAAUAUCAAUCUGGUUUGAAGAUUCUCAAAUCUUAAGAAGAACGAACUAUGUCACUUAUAAGCUACAAAACUUUAUGUCUGAUAUUGGUGGUUUAAUCGGUUUGUUCUUAGGAUUCUCUUUGUUGUCUUUGUUUGAGUUGAUUUUAAGGAUUUGCACAUUCUUGACAAGAGUUAUUGAUGGAUUGAGAUGCAGAAUUAAGUUAAAAUCUGAGAAUCCUAGUAGUGAUGACAACUUAACUGAAGUUAUUUCUGUUAAGGAAUUCACAUUGAUUGGAAGUGGGUCUGGUGGAAUUGAUCAGAAUGAAAGUAUUUUCAUUUUACCAGGUCAUGUAAAUUCAUCUUUGGAGAUUGAAGAUAUAGAAGAUUACUAA